AUGGGGGUGCUGAAGGAGACCUCUCAGGAGAUGGGUAAGAAGGAGGUGAAGGUGAGCUUCCCUCCCAGGCAGGUGCAGGUGGUUGCCCUUCUCCCAGACCUGUUGGUGUAUAACAAUCACUCCCUCCUGUGUAUGCUGCCUUCCAUGGAGACCUUCAAUGGAGUCUUGCUCUGUGUGGAGAUUACAGGAUUAACUGCUCUCCUUGAAAAGCUAUACACAAACAAUGACCUGAACUGUGGCACGGAACAGUUAACCCAGAUGCUCAACGAUUACAUAGAAGGGAUAAUGGAGCAUGUGCUUUGUUUCGGAGGCGAUAUCUUGAACUCCACAGGGGAUGCGUUGCUGGUGCUCUGGAAGGUAGAACGAAGCCAGCUAAGUGACAUCAUUACCCUAGCAGCAAAAUGCAGCUUGGAGAUGCAGGAGCAGUUCGGGUUUAGCUACACGGAAGUGGGUCUCCAGCUCCAACUGAAGAUCGGGAUGUCUGCAGGCCAUAUGUCUCAGCUCAUUGUCGGUGAUGAGAUACGUCAGCAUUUGCUGGUGACUGGCCAGCAAGUGGACGAUGUGAGGCUGGCACAAAGUCUGGCACAAGCUCGUGAAGUGAUUCUAUCACCGAACUGCUGGGAGCUCUGUGACCAGGACGUGUUAGAAACAGAAAUGCUUAAAGGCCAAAAAGCCAUGAAGAUAGGACGUCUUCUGCACGCCAGGGGUACAGCUGUUGAGCGGCGUGCAGGAGGCACUGGGAAGAAGGGGGAGAAACAGGGACAGGUCCUGCUGAGAGAGGCUGUGGCCCUGGCUUUCAGUCAUGAGCUCGAGCUGGCCUUGCGGAGGUUUGCCUUGGGAAAUGUUCUGAAGAAGGGUAAUAGCACCAAAGUAGAUAUCCAGGAGUCCUUCUAUGCUAUCCGGUCACUUAUGGCCAUAGUCUUCGGGAUCGAUGCCUGUAGACCUUAUAAGAGACAAGACAUCCUCCAAAACAAGCUCACUGGGCUGUGGGAAGAGACCUUCUACUGCGUCUUCAAUAAUCAGUUCCUUGUGAAGGCAGCAGAAGAAGCGACACUGAUUUUCAUCAUUGAUGAAGCCCAGUACAUGGAUGCUGCCUCCUGGGAUUUUUUGGCAAAACUCCUCUCGAGUGUCCCCAUCUUUAUAGUCCUGUCAUUGUCUCCCUUUGCCUCCAAAGAGCUGCUCCCUUGUGCUUCUGCCCAAGGCAUCAUGAAGAGCCCCAAGACCGCUGGUGUUGUCCUCCAGGAACUGGAGCCUUCCAAACUCUUGGAGAUGGCCCCCAGUGCCAUCAAAUCGAUACCCUACAGAGCGCCUAUAGUCUCCUCCAAGGAAGACACAGAGCUUUACAUUUGUACCACCAGGAAGGAUGUGGACCUGGAUGCCUUUCCACUCCCGGUGAGGCUGAAAGAGCUGCUGCUGUACAUCCUCCCGGAGUGGACAAACAAGAAGAUGGAGGAGACACUCAUGAGCCUGAUCAAUUUCCACGUGUUUGAGUGUUUUGGAAAAGAAGCCAGGGCUACACAGGCAGUAGGUUCCUGCCAUUUACGCACACAUCUGGGCCCCCUGACGAUGCAAACCCUGGGGCCAGAGGAGUCUGAAGAUAAUUUGCAGUGCAGGGCAAAAUCAGUCAUGAAUAAACAGGUGUUGCCAGACGAUCAUCUCCGAGUUGAACAGGAGUUCCUGGACAGAGUGGACAAGAUGAUUAAGUACCAUAAACGUGGCAAAGAGGAAGCCACAAACCUGGCACCCUGUGAAUGUGGAGAGAGAGUGGAGUCGGUGGUCUCUGCCCUAGCCUGCCAUUGCCUGAUGGUGAAUGACAGAACCAGGGCUUUUUAUUAUCUGCUGGAGUCUGUGGCUGCUUCCUUACAUUUAUCCAACAAUUAUAUGAAUUGUGUGCUUUGGGCAGGCGGUGGCCCAGUCUCUCACCGUAUCUCCCUGUGUUUGCUUGAGGCAUACUUGUAUCUGAAGAAAGCAAGUGGCCUACAGGAAUUGUCAGCGUUGGCAGUGUUCCCUUGUCUGAAGAGACCAAAACUGAAGAUCAACCAGUUUGAGGAAGCCACUUUCUGUAGCCUCAGGGGAGAGGUCUGCUUCAACAUGGGCCAAAUCGCACUGGCCAAGAAACUGAUCAAGAGGGCCCUCUGCUUACUGCACAAGGGAUUUCCCCGUACCUGGCUCGGAGCCUUUUUCCAGUCCUUACUCGAAGAAUCCAAACACUCUGUGUAUCAUACUCAGCAGCGUCAGGCCCAACACACAGAUGGGAAGGCAUUAGCUGUCCUGCAGCAGCAAAUCCACUGCCUCUCCUUGUUCUGGCAGCUCUACAGCCUGGACUCUACCGCCAACAGGAAGUACUCCCGGCUGGCAGCCCUGAUGGAAAUAAAUUUGGCAAAUGCGUCUGAGAACAAGAUGCAGAUCAUUUCGACGUAUAUGGAUUUUUCACAGUUCUCCCAAAGUAUGGGCUAUAAAGACGAGUGGCUAAAAUAUGAGAUGAUGACUAUCCAGAGAAGUUCCCAGUGCAACUUCACCUUCACCAGGGAGAGGUUGCUGAUGACAGCUCAGUUAGCUCAGGCACUGGUCUAUAGCAAGCUCUACUUGGGUCAUCUGACCAGAUCCAUCCAGUUGGGCUUUCAAGCUCACACAAUGUGUGUGUGUCUCCGGAAAACCAGCCUCCACUGCCUGGUUCUUUCAGUUCUCUUCAAAUCUGCGUUCCUGAAGAACAAAUGCGUCAGAGUCUUGGAGUGGCUGUGGGAACUCUCUACUCAAGAGGAGAGCAUCAUUGUCUUGGCAUGUUUCUAUUCAGUCUGCUUAGACCUGCUGCUUUGUGAUGCUGGGUUUGAUUACAGGCCCAUUGAGGAGUGCCUGCAGUUCAUAAACCAAUAUGAAGCUAGCUGCAUCCUUAAGUCUCAGAGCAACAUCUUGCUGAGUCUAUAUUCCUCUUUGGCAAUCUGGUUUGGCAGACUCCAGCACUGGGAUCUGUUCGAGGACAAUUUCACAAAGGCCCAGUGGUUGGUGAGCAGAACGAACGCGUCCCUUUUUGGCACUCGUGGCUUUUUUAGAUUCCUGGAAUGCCAGGGGCUGUUGCUACGGAGAGUCAUGGAAGACAUGCCCAAGAAGGUCCGGGAGACUCGCAGCUCAACGCUCAGGUACUUCGAAGAAUUCCUUUCUCGCUGCUCGACGAGUCUGGUCUACCACACGAGGGUUUACAGCCUGAAAGCCUCUGUUAACCUCCUGGGAGAUGAAGAUAAGAGCCAGGUCCCUUUGUCGAAGGGUCUCAAACUUUCGGCCACUUCCCACAACAGGCUGGAGGAAACAUCUCUCAGUGUGAGCCCUGACAGUGUCCAGAACAAGAAUCAGGGCUCCGGCAGAGUCGAAGAGCUGAAGGACAGCAAAGAUCAGGAUGAAGAGGGCACACGAGAAUACAUGAAAUCUGUCACAUCGAGGCUGAAAUCCGAACCCAGGGUGGAGGAACUGACCUUUGUUCAUCUCCAGCUGGGGCAAACUCCCGCAUCCCCCACACACGCUGCCCACUGGUGAGCCUAUGGAAUAUAUCAGCACUGCACCCCGCACCUUGCCCUCAAUGUCCAGAAAACCCCAGGGUGACGAUGACAAAGUCUGAGGGGGCAGGAGAGACUGUCCGAGCUGGGACAUUGCUGGGUAGGGUGGAGGGUUUGUUGGAAUUUGGAGCACGUACAUUGAAAACCUGCCUCGUCGUGGCUCAGAGGCCAGCAGAGAAUUUUAGGAGGGACACUGGAAAAAUGGGGAAAAGUAACACAAAGGGGUUCUUUUCUUUUAGUCUUUGUAGUUCAGUGGUGUUUGUGGGACCCUGGAAUGAUUUGGGAUAACUCUGUAAUUCUGUGUAGCCCAUGAAAGCUCAUGCUGAAAUAAAUUUGUUAGUCUCUGA